AUGAUACACGCUGUCCUCAUCUUCAACAACGCUGGCAAGCCGCGACUGACUAAGUUCUACUCGCCUUCAUCGCCAAAGACACGAUCCGCCAUCCUCCAGCGCAUCUAUACACUCGUCUCAGCACGCGACGACUCUCUCUGCAACUUUGUCGAGCUCCCGAGCGGGUUCGGAUUCUCGUCGGCGGCGGAUGCGGGUGUCGAAGCGGACGACGGAGGGUUGGGAGGACCGACUGGCGCAGCGAGCGAGAUGGAGGACUUGCGGGUCGUCUAUCGGCAUUAUGCGACGCUCUACUUUGCGUUCGUCGUCGACCAGAGCGAGAGCGAGCUCGGCAUCCUCGACCUGAUACAGGUCUUUGUCGAGUCACUUGACCGGUGUUUCGAGAAUGUUUGCGAGCUGGACCUCAUCUUCCACUUUGACGAGGUCCAUACCCUGCUCAACUGCAUCAUCAUCGGCGGCCUCGUCCUCGACACGUCGCUCGAGUCGAUCCAACAGACGUUCCGCGCACAACAACAGGCGAAGAAGGCGUCGCAGAACGGGUCAGGGCUGGGGGGAAUCAGCGGGCUGAAAGAUGCGGCGGGUUUGUUGGGCGGAGAGUGGGAUCGGCUAGGCUUUGCGGGACUCGGUCGACGAGGGCGGUGA